AUGAAAUAUGAACAUAUAAACCAGUUGGACAAGCAUAAUGAAGAGAGUUCUGAUUAUAGUACCGAUCAGGUGAUAUGUCCCAUGGACUAUAUUCAAGACCCUCUAACAUUUACAGACCCCCUUCAAUGGGACGCUGACCUAUGUGAUCGAUAUGUUGGUAUUGAAUUGGAUUCCCUCAGUACCCAAGGAAACUCUAUUAAUAGCGAUUCUAUUAGAAUACUGGAUCAGGAGUUGGAGAGCAGUUCCCUUCUUCCAGUAAAGUCUUCACUCCACGAUUCUUUUCACUCUCGCAAAAAGAGAAGUCAUGCAAAGUCCUCCUAUCCCACCAAGUCACAGUUGAAAAAAUGUAGUAAUAAGGUGUACAAUCCGUUUUUUGGCUGUUUCAUGUCACCCAUUCCUUGCAAAGUUGUAUCGCAUAAUAAGUCCGGCGUUGCUAUUUCAUCCGAUUCAAACAUUUCACAAACCGGAAUCCAAAAGGAUAUCAUCACUAGUAUCAAAGAAAUAUUCGAAUGUCCUAUGGAUUUGAAGGUUAUAGUUCAUAUCCCGCCCAUGUACACUACUCGGAAGCGAUGGACCUUGCAGCAAGAACUAGAACUGCUCCGCCUAUCUAAGCAGUAUAAUAUGGACUGGAAACUAGUAUCACAGAGUUGGCUCUUGUUAAGGUACGUUAUCUAUAGAUAUGUCAACCCAUUUUUCACCAACAGAAUGCUACACCUAUUACAAUACGUAUUUGGUACAGAGUAUUAA